AAAUUGAAAAACAAUUUCCUACUCUGGAAGAAUUAAUGGAAAAUUUGGAGCAACUGCCAGAAAAAAUAAAAGACGAUGUGCGUUUUUUUGGAGGAGGACUAAUUAAUCAUAAUUUUUUCUUUGCUCAUUUGGCUAAAUUUGAUCCUAAACGAAAAGAACACGAACUCGAAGAAAAAAUUAGUCCCGUCUUACUAAAUUUUAUCCAAGAACAUAAAGAAUUUUCUGAUUUAGAAAAGUUAAAAAAAAAAUUAGUAGAAAGUGCCUUAAAAGUAAAAGGGAGUGGCUGA